UUCCCGUUGGCUACUUAUUUUACAUAUGUCUGACAUAUUCUUUGGAGUCCUUAAGGCAGCUGGCUUCACAAUUUUCCAUAUGGCAGAGUCUUUGCAAGCUGCAGAUCUUUUGGGACUAAGAAGAAACAGACGCUUCAUUAUAACACAGAUGGGCCUGAUAAUCUAUGUGAGCCUACUUCUGCUGAUGCCAAAGAUCCUGAGUCUGCCGUUUGAUCCUCAAGACAAUGCCUUCCUGUCCUGGGCUCACUCCUACACAGCAUUUCACAAUCAGCCUAACUGCUGGGUCUGUGGAGUGCUCCCCUCUUCAUCAAUGGAAGGCUUCCCAUGGUGGACAUCUCCACUUCAAGGAAAAGACUUUCUAUAAGUCUGCGAAUACCUUCGACAACAAUCAUAUGUGAUGCCUCUUCUUCAUCUGAUGACAUCUAACAACCCUAAAAUGGACUGGUGCAACAUAUUGUACUUUAACUAUGGACCUAAUGUGACUUUUAGUUUUGAUUAUAUAUUGUCUCGGUUCAACGACUAUUUUGCUACACAUAAGGCAAAUAGGUCUAGAUCGAAUGGUUUUUUUACCUGACGUUUAUCAAAUAUAUGAUGAGGUUAUAUGGUUAACUCCUGAAAAAGGACGUCUAAUAUCUACUGCCCCUAUAUGUUGAGAACAAAUAGAGCCAUCCCCAGAAGUUAGUCAACAACUUAAUUAUAGUGAUUGGAAACACUUGGGAUUUUUGCCUCAGGAAAUAUGCAAUGUAAUCAUUCCCAUGUUUUCCAACCCCAAUUCAGGUCUUCCCUUUGUCUGGCCAGACACUGAUUGGGACUGUAUAUCUCAGUCAUGCUGGCUUGCUCCAAACAGGACUUAUUGGAUAUGUGGCUCUUACCUAUGGGCAUGGCUUCCCCCCUGUUGGAUAGGGAGAUGCACCCUAGGUCUAGCCUUUACUCAUGGCUUUAUAUUUUCAGAGCUUCCAGAAAAGC